AUGUUCUUACAUAUCCUUGCACAUCAUUUAAAAAAUAGAGUUAUACGAUUUUAUUUUGGGAGGUCUGCUGAAACUAUUAGUAGGUAUUUUAAUUUGGUCUUAACUUCUAUGAUGAAACUGAAUCGAGAGCUCCUAAAGAAACCUGAGCCAAUUGCUGAGGAUUCAAUAGACGAAAAAUGGAGGUGGUUUAAGCAUUGUUUAGGUGCUCUUGAUGGAACCCAUAUUAAAAUGAAGGUGCCUAUGGCUGACAAAGCGAGAUAUAGAAAUCGAAAGGGGGAAAUAACUACUAAUGUGUUGGGAGUUUGCUCUCCGGAUGGACAAUUCAUAUAUGUCUUAACGGGUUGGGAAGGCUCAGCAGCUGAUGGUAGAGUUUUGCGAGAUGCUAUUAGUCGUAGGAAUGGUUUGAAAGUGCCUCAAGGCCAAUAUUACUUGGUUGAUGCGGGGUAUGCAAAUUGUGAAGGAUUUCUUGCCCCAUUUCGAGGUCAGCGAUACUACUUAAGUGAGUGGAGGGAUGGACGGCAGCCUUUAACUCCACGUGAGUGCUUCAACAUGAGGCAUUCAUCUGCGCGUAAUGUUAUUGAACGAUGUUUUGGAAUGUUGAAACUACGAUGGGCUAUUCUUAGGAGUCCUUCAUUCUACCCUGCUCAAGUCCAUAAUCGGGUCAUCAUAGCGUGUUGUCUCCUUCAUAAUUUGAUCCGUCGACAAGGAGAUGAUCCACUGGAUAUUGAGAUAGAGGCAUUGGAGACAACUACCAAUGAUAUGGAGAUACCUUAUAUUCAAACAAUUGAGACAUCAAAUGCAUGGGCUAACUUUCGUGAUACCUUGGCAAAUGAAAUGUUUGUUGAACUUAUGAGUCAUAGGGGUAGUAUGUGAGCAUUAGAAGAG